AUGAUGAGCAACCUAAGCAGGUUAUAUGGGAUGGCCACACUGGUAGUAUUGGCCGGACUGCAACCCAAGCCAUGUCACAGAAUAUUGGAUGUGAGGAUCAAAAUGAUGCUUCUAAUUACGAAGCCAAGAACCUUCCUGGUCCUGCUGCACCUCCUCGUAGACCUGGUAUGCCUUCAGUUCGUCCCCUUCCUCCCCCACCUGGACUAGCUUUGAAUCUUCCUCGUAUUCCUCUCAAUGCAGUCCAGUAUUCUGCUCCUAACAGUGGUGGCCUGCCAAUUCCUCCAUCCAGACCACCGGGCAUUCCCAUGAUUUCAUCUGUUCGGCCAGCCCCCCCUCCUCCCAUGCCAAUGACUUCUGGACAGCAGUCAGGUAUGGCUGGUCAACCACCCCCAAUGCCUCCAUCAAUUCAUAUGAACAGCCAAGGAAUUCCCAUACCUCCACCACCUGGAUCUCAGUUCACUCCUAUUCAAGUUCCACGACCUUUUAUGCCUCUCUAUUUUCCACCAUCAGGGAUGCCUAUGAUGCAUCCACCACCUUUGCCUGUAAUGCCACCACCGCCACCACCAGAGGAAGCUCCAUCCCCACUCCCAGAAGAACCAGAACCAAAGAGGCUGAAGCUUGAUGAUUCUGCUCUGAUCCCUGAAGAUCAAUUUCUGGCUCAACAUCCGGGACCUGUUCGCAUCAGUGUAUCUGUUCCUAAUGUUGAUGAAGGAAAUCUCAAAGGACAAGUUCUAGAAAUAAUAGUGCAAUCUCUGUCUGAAACUGUUGGCAGUUUGAAGGAAAAAAUUGCUGGGGAGAUCCAGCUCCCUGCUAACAAGCAGAAAUUGAGUGGAAAGCCAGGCUUUCUCAAGGAUAAUAUGUCACUUGCCCAUUACAAUGUUGGUGGAGGAGAAACACUUACCCUCACCUUAAGAGAGCGUGGUGGUAGAAAGAGAUGAGCAUAUUACUUGCAUUGUGCCAUUUAAGAAGGUUGUUGUAAUCUUUGCCUCAUUCUGAGGCAUAUGGAUUCUUAUACCAUUGAUAGACUACACGAUGCUAUCUUCAUGAAUUUUAUGUUGAAUACAUUAUAUUUAUUGUAUUGUGAGGCUUCCUAAAGUAUUUAUUAUUGUCUUAAAAACUGAUGUUAAUUCUGGAAUACAGAUUUUGGCACCUUGGCGCUUGCCUCUUGAUGGGAAUGGGAAGUAGUGGAGUUCCUUUAUCUAAUCUGCUCAAGUCAAAUUAUUUAUGUAGCUGAUUAUUGUUUUCUUAUGCAUUUCAGUUGAUUUAUUGCAAAGUUACUGAUUUGUUUUUUGUUUUUAAUUGAAGUUCCUUUUGCUGUCAGGGAGGGA